AUGGACGACGACAACUCAUACAAACCGAACAAAGAUGACGCCAAAUCAAGCCCUGAAUCAUACGCGAUGAAACCAACAGUCUCCAUCCAAACCGGUGAAGUGCGGGACCUCGCCAAAAUUGUCGAUCCUGCAGCGACGGUAGCCAGACAAGAGCCUAUUGAGUUUACAGCAGAAGAAGGAAGGCGUGUCCUUCGCAAGAUCGAUUGCUGGCUCCUGCCGAUGCUCAUGUGGGUCUACAUGAUCCAAUUCGCCGACAAGACCUCUCUCAACUACGCCAGCGUCAUGGGUAUACGGGACGAUAUACACCUCAGUAACAGCAGUCAAGAGUAUUCCUGGAUCUCCUCCAUUUUCUACGCAGGAUACAUCGUCUGGCAGUUCCCCACCACAUACCUCCUCCGACGGCUUCCAUUGGGGAAAUACAGCGCUUCGAUGAUCUUUCUCUGGGGUGUGGUUCUUACUUGCCAUGCGGCAGCUUUCAAUUACGCUGGGAUGCUGGCUCUGCGAUUCUUCCUCGGAGCACUGGAAGCGACGGUGACCCCGGCCUUUGUGCUAUUCAUUUCGAUCUGGUAUAAGCGGGAAGAACAGGCGAAGCGGAUGAACGCAUGGCUGUGCUGCAAUGGCGUCGCGACACUCAUCAUGUCCCCCUUUGCAUAUGGACUCUCAGGCGCCACGAACACCGCUAUCGAAACUUGGCGAAUCCUCUUCCUGGUCUUGGGCCUUCUGACGGUCUGCACAGGUCUCGUGCUUUGGAUCGUCAUGCCGGACAACCAAGCCGCAGCCCGGUUCCUGAAGCCCCGAGAGAGCCUGGUCGCGAUCGAACGAAUCCGAGGCAACUUUCAAGGCAUCAUGGGCAAUCGAGUGUGGAACUGGAACCAGUUCUUCGAAGCCUUUCGGGACCCGCGGACGUAUCUCUACGUGCUCUUCUCUCUCCUGAUGAACAUCCCCAACGGCGGCAUCACGACGUUCGGUUCCCUCAUCAUCAAAUCUUUCGGUUUCGAUAACCGGCUCGCGCUGCUUCUCCAAAUGCCCGGCGGCUUCGUGGACAUCGUCUGCAAGCUUGGUUUUGGCUUCCUCUCCGACAAACUCGUCGAUCGAAGUAUCCCAGCCAUCUGCGCGAUUCUCAUCCCGAUGGUUGGCGGUAUCAUGAUGAUCACCAUCCCAUCGAGUGCGGCACCGGCGUUGCUCGUGGGGUACUACCUCAUCAGCUGUGCCGGUGCUUCGUGGGGUCUGGUCAUGGUGAUGAUCUCGAACAAUACCGUGGGCUACACGAAGAAGCUCACCGUCAAUGGCUUGCAAAUCUUGGCCUAUGGUGCCGGGAAUUGGAUUGGACCGCAGACGUUCCGCUCGGCCGACGCGCCGGAAUAUUUCCACGGGAAGUUGAUGGUGGCCAUCAUGUGAGUUUGUUGAUGGGCGAAUUCCGCCGCCGCCGCGUCGUCGUCCUCGUGGCGCUGUGCCGUGCUGACAUUAGUGUUUUGCAGGUAUGGAGCGGCCGCUGUCGUUUUGUUGUUGAUCCGAUUGAUCAAUAUCUGGGAGAAUCGGAGACGAGACAAAGCCCAGGCGCGAGAGCCAGACGCAGCGCCAGAGGCGGCGGAUGGAGCCUUUCUCGAUUUAACCGAUCGAGAGCAGAAGGACUUUCGUUAUAUUCUGUAG